CAUCCAGGCUGUCCGUAUUUGUUUCUAAUCAGCUUGUACGGGCACAUUGCGUAAAAAUGCUUAAGAUCGUUAAGGUACGUGUUAAUGGCUCAAGUAAUUAUCGGUUCCCUGUUAUUUUUGAUCUAGUCUCCUGGCCCUCGCAUUGUUUAUGCGGUCGUAGUGAAAACAAUUCCAAUGCCACCAUUGUGCCCCAGUGCGGGGGCGGGAAUGCAGUAAUCCCCGCUUUGUGUGGGGCAGGGUCUCGCUAAAGCCAAGAUAGCCCCCCACACAGCUGCCGCUUUGCCUCAACCUAUCCGUGAUGGCAGGCCAGCACCCGUCCUACACGCCACGCACACACUCGGGCCUGUGUUCAGUGUUACGACGGGGUGAGCUGGAGCUUUGCUAGCAGUCACCGUUUCACAUAAUGCUCCAUGUGGAAGAGGGGGAGGGUUUGUUUUUUUUGUCAGUUUGUUUUUGUUUUCUUUUUGGGGGAUAUUUACACCUCAGAAACCUUCAAGGUCCCAGUAUUCACAUGCAAUGCACAUAUUUAAACAGUGUAUUAAUUUGUGUGGUAAACUUUAUUUCUUGAUGACAAGCUUGCCACAUCAUUAUAGUAAUCGUAAUAGCUGUUUCCGACAAUAUUUCUUGCUAUUGGGAGUUGUGGCUGGUUGUUUGUGUUGUUUGUUCCAGAAUCCCAGGUGUCAUCUGUGGUGUUGGGAAACUUGAGUUUGGUGUCAUUCUCCCAUCACCAUCUUUUCCCCACUGCCUGUAUGUGUGUGGUGUAUGUGAUGGAUAAGAUGACACUGCUGUUUCUGUGCUCCAGGAGCUACUCACACUUCUCUGAUGACCUCAUUGGAGGGCAUGUUUUCAACUUGCCCACCAGUUCCCCCAAUCCGAUAUAUUGACACUAAUCAGCAAGGGGUGUGCCAGAAUAAUGUGGCCUCUUAUUCGUGGGGAGCUGAGAGAGCGGUACAUGACUGACAUCGUCUGCUUGCUCAUGGUCACAUCACCCAUACCUCGUGUCGUAGUCAUUUGACCAGCUUAUGUCAGGCUCUGUCCUACUCACUUAGUUAAGACACAUGUUGUGUCACUGUGUUAAGAUGCAUGUUGGGUCAUGGCAACAUGCUUUGGACACUUUAGAAUUUUCCUGAUCAACAUUUUAUGUAAUCAUACUAUAAACCGAUACAGCAGCUGUGCAAUAGCUAUAAUAGCACAGAGCUUACACAUUUAUUCCAUCUAAAAGAACAUCACACAAUAAUCCUAUAAGGCACCUUUAGCCAGUCUAAAUUAAGGCUACUUGUAACAUAGACAAAUAGUUUUCUGCCAUGAUUAUGAUGCACAACCCAUUAGUAAACACAGCACAAUAAAAUGGAAGCCGUAUAAGAUAAUAUUUGAAUGUUGUAAAGGCACGGUUUGAGGUUAGAGAAGCUAUGCUCAGCUUGUGUGUCAUACUCCUACCCAGUGAGGUGUUUGUGUGUGUGUGUGUGUUUUCCACGCUGGCCUGCGCACGUCUCCCUUCGUCUGAUGUCUGCUCGUGGAAUGCCGUGCGGCUCUGGUAUUUUUAGACUGGCUUGGUUGAAAUAGUGAAGUGGGGAGCUCUGCCCAGCAUAAAGAUCGGUGGCCACCACUCAAUGUGGCAUGUGACCUGUAGGGGCCAUUGAGGGCAGGACUCUGGACCCUAAACGUAGAGCUCGACACUGACACACUCUUCCUGGGCCCUUUCUGCACAGCUCUGUUCUCAAAGCCUUCGAGAUGCUGGCAGAAGACAGCAGCUUGGGGUUAAGCUGGCAGAUCGUUGACUCCAGUCAGGAGGACGAAUCUGGAAAAGAGCCUCAGCUCACAGGCUCCUGGCUGAGCUUCAAGCUUCUCCUUGAGGAGACCUCCUCUUUUAAGCAGCAGAAUCCAGGCAAGUUCUGUCUGCUGGUGUGCAGUUUAUGUUCUUUCUUGGCGGUCUUGGGCCGUUACAUUCCAGGAGUUGUUAUUUCCUACAUUAUAGUGCUGGGUGUUUUUCUGUGGCCUUUCCUCUCAUCACAUGAGUUUGGGGUAUGGCUUGAGCCAGUUCUGCAGAAACUGACCUUUGGAGUGGGAAACUUGGUUCAGAAAAUAAAGAAGAAUCAUGAGAAGAGAUUACUCCAGGCACAGACUGAGCGAGAGAGCAUUGAAGCUGAUCUCUCCUCACUGUUUCCCAAACUGGACUCCACAGCAUGCAGGGAGCUGUCUGUGUCAGACACGGAGGUGUCGGAAGUGACGUGGACGGACAACGGCACCUUUAACUUGUCGGAGGGACACACGCCUCAGACAGAAAACUCUGAGGAGUUGGACCGCCGCAGCGAGGAGGAGGUGUUCUCCGGCGGACUUCCCGACUUUCCUUCCCUGGACAACGGCCUGGGAACUAACGGCGAUGACGACGACGACCUGAGCAUUGGCCUACCGGGCCCCCUCCUCCACACGGGCGAGGCCCAGCGAGGUGCGCACACAGAGGGGUACAUGGUGGCCCAAGCCUUGGGACUAGUGCAGAGGACGGCUGGUGACGUGAUCGCGGCAGCAGUCGCCUCAGCCGUGCAGGAGCAUCUGGAGGCAUCCGCUGCACCUGCGCUGGCCCGGGCCCUGGCUGCAGCCGCGGACACGGAUAGCGAGGCAGAGGAGUUUGAGCUGCUGGACCAGGCCGAGCUGGAGCAGCUGGGUGGGGAGAUGGGUCUGGAGAAGGCUGACAAUGAGGCCCAGCCCGAAGGCUCCAAACCCGCCGGCUUUUUCUCCAAACUGCUCAGGCGCCCCUGAGGAGCGGAGGCAGCCGGGGAUGCCUGGCUCUUCCUGCCACGGCACACAGAGCGGGGACAGAAACAGUCUGAAACGGCACUUGGAAAGGGCCAGACUAAUGAUGCCGUUCCAUUGUUUUGUUUUUAUGUUAAAAGCAAAUUAUGUUGCAAUAAACUUCAGAUCUGUAGAGGAAAGAGGGAACUUGUGCAGCAGUGGGCAAGGAGAGGAAUAAUAUUGCAUUUAGCCUGCCUUUUAUUGUGAUAUGAUACUCAAACUACCUUCAGUAUAUUUGAUAUUACCUAGAUUUAUCCACCUUAAAAUCACCAAAGGGGUGUGGACCAGUAGUAGUUUAGCUUUUAAAGGGCUAAAAGAUGUACACCCUAUAUCGCUGCCAAACUAACCUCUUAUUAAACCCACAGAGCAUUGUGUAGAUGAUCUCUUAGCUUAUUAAGGUCUUUUACACAACAAAGUGGCCAAAGCGUCAACCCUCCUACUCAAUGACAAUCAACCAUCACAUGGAAUGGUAUUUCCUAGCCUGCCCAUAAAAAACACUUUCACCGGUAACAUUCAUUGUUUUUUCCCUAAUUUUUGUAUUUUUUAUUAAGCUUUUUUGAAGCUGGAUACCUCAGUACAGUAUUUUGCAUGCCGAAUUUUGUUUUAGACUUUUUCAUUUUUAUUGGCACCUUAUUUCUGGAGUGAUACAGUUAGGCACUAAAGCAGGUUGAGCUGGUUUGAGUAAAGUCUAUUCAAACGUUUGAAUAUACAUAAUCUAAGCUUUGGAGUUAUCCCAUCUUUCAGACAUUUAUUUAUUCAUUUAAAAAAAAACAGUAGUAUGUACAAGAGAUAAAGAGAAAAAACACAUUUGGCUUUCUGUGUACUAGAUAUAAAGAUGCUAUGAACACCCUUGGAAUAUUUGUGCGAAAGGAACAGGUUUUUUGGAUGGAUGGAGACAUCACACACCAUCGAAGAAAAGCAGACAGAGGAAAAUGGUGUCCCUUACUUACCUUUGGCCUGUUCAGAAAAGCUUCUCUUCACAUGUGAGGUGCUUGAUGUCUAAAAUGAAUGUUUCUGAUGAUGUAUUCUGAAUGGUGUUAGGAAAUAUUUAAGCAACCUACCCUCUUCAAGUAAUCCAGUGUCCUAUUAUGGAAUUUGAUCUUUUUGUCAUUCAUUAUGAAUAUUACCCAAAAAAUGAUGUUCAGUGUCAGUGUGAUGUCUCACACAUUUGAAUGUACUGUUUAUAUUUUUGUUUUCUCUUCUGGUAGACUGAUAUCACAUACAUUUGAUUGCCUUAUAUUUGCCUGUGCAAACUGUGUGUGAAUGAAAGGACAUAAAAUAUAGUUGUAUGUAAAUAAUCUCAAGAAUGUGAUUAAAAUAUUAAGAUUCAAAGUCA